UCCACUCUGCUCGAGGAGGAUUCGAAGGCAUCCUGACUCCACCCCGGUCCCAGCGUCUCACCCGUCCCACUCUCUGUGACCAAAAAGAAAGAUUUGACACUCAAAGGGGGAAGCAGCAUGGGGAAACAGCUCCCGGAGGGGUCCCAGGAAUUCCGCAAGCAUGACGCUCACACUGCCAAGAAGGGGCUCUACAAAAGAGCCCAGAUUUGGGCUGUGUUAACUUUGAUUUUGCUCCUCUCCCUCACUUUGACCAUCCUGGGUGUCUCCUAUUUUUGGAAACCUGCUCCCCAAAAGAUUUAUGAACUGGAGCACAUGUUCGUCAGCAACAUGGAAAAACAGAAGAUAUUACUGAAGAUCGAUCCCCUCGCCUGGACGGAGACCUUUCAUACUGGGAAGGGUCGUGAGGAAGUCCUUGAAAUACACGAUUUUAAGAAUGGAAUAACGGGUCUCUUUUUCAUGGGCGAUCCCAAAUGCUUUCUCCAAAAUCAGAUUAAAGGGAUACCAGAAGCAUCGCAGAUGGAGACGGAGGCGCCGGAGGCAGAGGAAAUAGCCGUUACCUAUUUUGAGCAAUCGGUGCUCUGGAUUCCAGGAGAGAAACCCAUUGAAAAUAAAGAUUUUCUGAAAGAUUCCAAGAUAUUCGACCUCUGCAAAAACGUGACUGCGUAUUGGGUCCAUCCAACUCUACUAAGAGAUCCCAACGUUCUAGACUUUGAAAAAGGAAAUGAGGAUCCGAUUCCCAUGGAUGAGCGAAACCAAGCAGAUGUUCAGCAGGGACGCUGGUCCUUGAGCAAGGAAGAAAAGGAAGGCUCCAAACGCCACGCUCGGCAGCUGACCGAAGACGACUUACCAGUGAAUGACUACACCGAGCACGGCCUCGAGUUCCAUUCCCUUUGGGACGAGAGGGGAUACUGCUGCGCCCGCUGCCGUCGAGCCCACCGCUACUGUCGCAGAAUAUGUGAGCCGCUGCUAGGGUACUACCCGUACCCCUACUGCUAUCAGGGAGGGCGGGUGAUCUGCCGUACCAUCAUGCCCUGCAAUUGGUGGAUAGCACGGAUGUUAGGGCGGGUGUGAGCACGCUCCGUCCAAAAGUAGUAAUAAUAAUAUAAAAAGCUUAGUGCAGCACAGGGUCCAUUCUGACCUUCUCCCUGUAGCCUUUUCUAGGCGUGUCCUUCUCUUAAAGGCCAUUAGCACGGAUGUAUGUAUGUGCGCAUUUCUGCUAGAGCCCAGGUGCAAUUAUCUCCUGAUCAUUGUCUCUACUCCUUCCCCCCCAACUGUAUCUUUUACCGCAAGCCAUUUCUCCGGAUCGUUUUUUUUUUCUCUCUCUCUAUGCUUUUGCGCCCCCUCGGAUAUAUUAUUCGGCGUAAAGUUUUCUGCAACGCAUUCGACUGUUGUUUUUUUAAGCAGCAAAAAAAAAAAAUACACUGCGAUGUAAAGUGGAGGUUUUGGAAUAGCAAAACUGCAGUUUGGUUUGCAAACUGCAAAUCCAGAUUGGCUCCCUGUAAAAAAGGGUAAAACGAAAGGCCCUUCGGGAUCUGCGGAUAUAGCCAAACUGCGGAACCCAACGUCGCAUCCCAUAACAUAGCUGAAAGCAAGGAAUCUCUUUACACCAGCAUUCUCCUAAAAAUCCGCAAGGGGGCAUCCUUUACCUGGAAAUAAACAGUAUUAAGCUCAAUGUCAGAAAAAAAGCCAGGCGUACAUUCUACAAACUCUGCUUUUGCAGCUUCAACAGGAAUCCUUAUUUUCUCACACACCCCAAAAAUAUGUAAAAAAAAAAAAACAAACCAGAGAUUUGCAAAUUAAUUUCAGAAACUUAGGAUAUAUGUCCAAAAAUAUAUUCAGGUAGUCCUCGUUUAGUGCCCUUAAUCAGUUCAGUUAGUAAGCAAAGGAUGGCUAAGUAAAACCACUUAAGAUUUUCCUUCAGCAAUAAAGUUUCCAGUUUCUGGCAAAAAUUACCCCACAGCAAACAAUGGCCACUUAACAAUCACAGUGCUUGCUUUUGUGACCAUGGUGUUCUCUUCACUGCUGCAAAACAUAUUAUCAUAAAAUCGGGUAUAGUCACCUGGUGAUUUUCUUUAUAACCAUCAUGACUUACGACCAAAAUUGCAGGAUCAAUUACCGUUGUAAGUUGAGGACUACCUAUACAGUAGUGGCCAAAAUUGUGGAAACCUUUUGGGAAAAGUGUAUUUUUGAAGUUUGAUGGCUAAUAACACCACUUUUUUUUUUUUUUUUUUUGAGUUUCAAGAUAAUCCUAUUCCACUGCUGGAAUGGCCUGGGAAUAGCCCAGACCUUCACCCAAUUGAAAAUCUAUGGAGCUGACUAAAGAAACAUGCUAGUCAGAAGUGACCCAGCAAUAAAAACCCAGUUAAUAGAAUAAUUCUUCAAUCUUGGUUUCACAUUAGAACAGCUGCAGAACUAAAAGACUUGAUUCACUCCAUGGGAAGCCAUUGUAAGGCCGUCAUUCAUGCUAAAGAUUCCCCAACUAAGUAUUAACUGAUAUGGUGAUAGUUUUUGUAUAUCUCGUUUUUUCUGUGCUGAUAAUUUUUAUGUAUCUCAUUUUUUCUAUGUGUUUCACUUUUCUUCUUUAUACUGUAACUGCUAUUCUAAUAGCAAAUCCUUCAUAAAAGUUAUUGCAUUGCAUUCUUGAUUAAAUUAUCUUUCCAUUGAUACUGUAUAUAACUUUAUGGUACUACUCCAAAAAAAAAAGGGGGUGUUAUUAGCUAGCUUUAGAAAAUACACUUUUCCCAAAAGUUUCCACAAUUUUGGGCGCUACUACUGUAUCUUAAUUUGCAGGAAGAUUAGAAAUAAACAUGUAUAUAUUUCCAACAUUAACAAAAGGAGCAAUUCAUUCCCAGACAUUUAUCACACGUUAACAACCAGAGAAAUCAAAAUAUUUGCUGAAUUGUAACUGUUCGCAAGAAAUUAAAAACGACCAAGUAAUGUAUUUAAAGAGCUUUCAGAAUAAAAAAAAAGUGUAUAAAGGUU